CUUACACUUAUAAAGCACCCUCGACCCUGCUCAUGAUCAUUGAACUUCUCGAUAUAUCAAGUAGCCUGAGACCGCUCGUUUAGCUCGUCAUUAGUCUUAUUGAAGACUUUCGAACCUCAUAUCCUUCGCUUGUGAUACCCGCAACUAUCCAAUUUAGACGAUCAAAAUGCGUUUCAUCAACAUUCUUAUCUCCCUUGUGGCAUUCGCUGCUUCGGCCUCUGCCAUUACAAUCACCCAGCCUAUGGCCGGCGACCAGGUGGACUUUAGCAAGUCUUACACCAUCAAGUGGACGACCGUUGCAUCCGACCCUUCGAACUUCACCAUCGUGCUCGUCAACAUGAACAGCCAACCCAAUGUCAGCAAGCAGAUCGCCAAUGUCAAGACCUCUGACAACUCUUACACCGUGGACAAAGUCACCGGGAUCCCGGUUGCUAACGGCUAUCAACUCAAUGCCGAAUCCAACACCACCACGAACACCGGCAUUCUGAGCCAGUCCCAGCAGUUCAAUGUGACCAAGGUUGGCAAGGUUGAGACAACUUCCUCCGCCACCACCAGCGCCACUCAGACCGCUGCCGCGUCCACCUCGUCCGCCGGAUCCGCCUCGUACACCGGUCCCCUCUCUGGUUCCGUCGCUGUUUUUGGCGCGCUCGCGAUGGGCGUCCUCGGUGAGAUGCUGUAAGUGAAAGAACAGGUACUUCGCGUUACACGAUCCGGUCAGCGGUCAGAGACGCGAUCGAUGACGAUUCCCGAAUCGAAACCGAACCGACCCGAC